GGCUUUGAUAUUCAACUCCAGUGAAACGCGGCUUUGUACGGCACUCUGAGCAAUUUCUAACUAACCUCAUUCUUGGAAUGGAUGCUGGCACAUGGAAAUUACUUAUUGCCUAGCUUUUGAGCUCUCCAGAAGGCUCGAAACCAUUUCAGCGCUGUCCAUCUCAAAGAUAUUACUACACGAAGUCUCGAAAUGACUCUCCAGCUUCGGCCCGUUGAUUUCGAGGUUGAUUUCCCUGCGCUUGCACGGUGCUUGUUUGAGUCUUACGAAAGCCCUUUGCAAACAUUCUUUCAUCUAUGGUUCUCUAUCCAUGGAACAAGUGAUAAUGCCCGCGAAGAUGCAAUUGAUGAAGCAGCAACUCGACUGAAGCAGUGGCAUACUCACGAUCCAUCGAGUUACUGGCAAAAAGUCGUCGAUACUGAAAAUGGUAGAAUUUUAGGAGGGGCGCUAUGGAAAAUUUACAAUGAAACCCCAUUUGAAAACCCACCGCCUUCUACUUUGACUUGGUUUCCGGAUAAUAGCUCCCGCAAGUAUGCCGAGCAGGCACUGCAAACAUAUUCUAGGCCCCGAUACAAAAUAGCACAAAAACCACACAUUUAUCUUCAUAUCGUCUUUACCCAUCCAAACUACCGACGCAAAGGGGUUAGCCAACAGUUUAUCAACUGGGGCAUGAAAAAAGCGGAUGAGUUAGGUUAUGAGUUUCUUCUUGACGCAACACCGUAUGGGCGACCCCUAUAUGAGGUGAACAGUUUUGUCUACGUUGAAGAGAACAUCAAUCAUCCACAGGCCGAUACUCCGGAUGAAAAAUGGAAGGAGAUCGACGAGAAAGUAGGCCCUUUUACUUUCUGGCUCAUGAAAAGGCUUCCUGGAGAUAGGACCGAGGUAGGAAGAACAAGCAAGUAGUGGAAAGAUGAUCAAGAACAAUCGUUUAUCAUUAACUGAAGUUCGAAACACACUUGACUGUUCUCCUUGGAACUUGCAUCGAAUGCGCAGUAAACCUUUCCUCUCCGCGUUUCUCGAGCAUCAUUUUUCUGAAAAAUACAUUCGCAAUUAAGUUUUACCAGGUGUGCAAAUAAGUAAGUGAGCGGACUCCGAUGAUGAUAGCUGGGAGCUCUUGCCAUCCUGAGUCAAAGGGGAGAGAGCCGUAUGGAUGUCGCUGUUAUCAAACAAAAUCGUUUACUCUGCGAAAUCCCAUGGAUUGACUAUAAGAAUGAGCCUAAGAUCAGAUGCCCCGUGUAUUGUCGUCUUAAGAAUCGAUUGUUCCACAUCAGACCAAUCAACUGCACCGAGAUGAAGAUAAGUGAAUACUCAAUGGGUAUCAGAAAAGAAGCCAUCUUCACAGCCUUCUCUCCUUAUUUUCAGAUGGCAAGCAAUUCCCUACAUACUUUCAAGUUCCUGCUUGUCCACUCAUCAGCUAUAUUCCAUCGAGGUGAGACACCUAGGUGAAUAACGUAAUUGACAGGACUGACCUAGAGAUGAGCCUUUCCAUCUGUCUUCCUAAUUAAGGGAGAGGGGCGAAUUAGCUUUGAUAAUUCCAUUUCAUUCAAGAUAUUCGUAAUGAGAAUUGCGAUUGAGGUGAAUUUAAGAUUUCCCCUCUUUCUUACGAGAUUUGAAUAUUUCCUCGAAUUCGAAGUCUUCUUCUGAUACA